AUGCACAAGCAUACAGGUAGUAUAACUUCAGAUUCCAGUAGACCCACAAUACAAAGCUCACCUCGCAAACACCUAUACCAUAACUUAUACUCGUCACCAUCGAAAAAAGAUUUUCAAAAAUUUAUCCCACCCCUUAAUAACAAUCAAGAGAACAUCGAUGCAAGUUUAAUUCAACCACUUUUCGACAACAGAAACGUGGACAAUAGUGUGUAUGCAGAGAAAUCAAUGGUGAAUGCCACAAACCCAAACUUGUAUACAAGUCCUUCAAAGAAGCCAACUGUUAUUAAAAAACCCAAAAUAUGUAAAGUUUGCUCAAAGCAAAUCAUUGGGACUCUGGUAAGAGCAAUGGGGAACAUUUAUCAUAUAGAUUGUUUUACUUGCUAUGAUUGUCAUAAACCAUGCUCCGAUAAAUUUUUUGCUGCCGAUAUUGAAGUGAUGGAUAAUAAAACCAAUGAAAAACAUACUAUCAAUGUGCCAUUAUGUGAAUAUGAUUACUUCAAGAGAAUUGAUUUGAUUUGUCAUACAUGUAAUAGUGCUAUUAGAGGCUCUUAUAUUACUGCACUUGGUCAUAAGUAUCACUCAGAACAUUUUUUCUGUGAUGUUUGUCAUAAAGUCUUUGAGUCAGACAACUAUUAUGCAAAUGAGGGGAAAAUUUAUUGUCAUUUCCACUAUUCAAAGCUGUAUGCAUAUCAUUGCCAAGGUUGUAAAUGUGCCAUUUUGAAGCAGUAUGUGGAGAUUAAUAGAGGUGGGAAACAACAACAGUGGCAUCCAGAAUGUUUUAUGACUCAUAAAUUCUGGAAAGUGGAUAUAAACGUUGAUGCCAUUGGUUUAGGUGUGGAUACAAUAGAUGAUGUAACAUCAGAUCCGGAACAACUAUACAAAGUUUCCACAACGUUGGAGAAUCUGACAAUCUCAAUAUGGACAACAUUAUCUGAGUUCGAAGAGUCCUGUGCUUCGUUAAUUUCAGAGAUGUUACAUGCUGCAACAACAAAUAGUAAAUCAAAGGGUUUGUCAUUUACGUCUAAGUUGAUAUUUAAAAUUUAUUGCCUAUUCAAGUGCCUGGAUUGUCUCAGUUCUUUCUCCAGCACAUAUAAUAUAUCCAUCGAUCACAGUUUGCCAAAGUAUCAAGGAUUUUCUAAACUUACUAAAGAGCCACGCUCACUAACUUCGAAACUCAUGUCUUAUCUAACUUUUUUGAGGGACAUUGACCCAGAAAAAUUGUCAAUGAAUAAAUAUUCCCAAGAGCUACUGUCUUUAAUAUCUUCAAUUGCCCAUUUUAUCAAAUUAAUAUCUAGGAACGCGCUAAUGUACUCCUUAGAAUACAACAGGUUAUCGAAUUCUAUGAAGCCAACUGAAAUUUUGUUAAAUGAGAUUGCUAAUCAUGAAAAGUACAAGAAAGACUUAUUUCAUGUAUCGUCAAAAUCAAAUGAUACAUGCUCCCACUGUCACCAGAGUAUUGAAGAUGAUUGCAUCUUAUAUAAAAUUGAUGAAAGUAAUGAGAAAAGAUGGCACCUCAACUGUUUUGUUUGUUCAAAAUGUUCAGGAAACACAGUUAUCUCAAUCACAGACGUAUCAGAAGCCGCAUAUAAUAGAAAAACAGGUGCUGUACUCUGUCCAUCUUGUGCAUCAGAUGACGUGAAUUCCGCAACUGGAUUUACCGUGGUAACAAGAUUCAUUCAAUUGGCAUACUUGCUGGAAAUUGCACUCUUUCGUUCUAAAGUUGUUAUCAAUAAACGAGUCAAGUCUGGGCAUUCCAAGCAACACAGCAGCGUGAGUGCAACCACAACUCCAACGAGUUUUUCCGACAAUUCACGAAAGCCGUCUGAUGCAUCAAAUAAACACAGUAUACUAAGAAAGUCGUCCCACUCACGGCAAGAUCGAGAGUCAAUCAAACGAGAACAGCAGCAACAAAGUGAACAACAUCAAAUCCCCAAGAACGACUCGACAGACUCUUAUGAGAACAAUGUGUCUGAAAUUGCACGCCGUAGGUCUCUGCGUGAAGCACGAACAUUGAAUAAUGUUGAUCAAGAAAUUAGGAAAUCUGUCAUAUUGGAGGCGCCAAUUGCAUGGAGUGCAGAUACUGAGAAUAUUCCAGAGCCAUCAGCUGCUUCAGACAAAUACCAACCUAAAAACGAAGCUGAAAAGGUUGAAAAAAUGGUUUCAAAUUCGCAGUCUCGUGUUGGCACUACAGGAUCAAUGAAAUUGCGAGUGAAGGAUCUAUCUAUCAAAAAAAGAGCAUUUCAAAAUAGACAGCAACCUGUAAGCUCUUACGAUUAUCGAGAAAAUAAUCAUCACACGAAAAGUCCUUCUGACGAUAAGAUAGGAGCAUCUAUUAAUGCGGCAAUUACAUCAAAACUUCUACAAAACGAAAGUUCUCUUACCCUAGACGAUAUCCCUAGAAUUGUAAGCUCAGAACAAGCACGGGAACAUAGGCCAAAUGCAUUCAAAUUCCAAAAACGGGAUUACUCGUCAGCAAUCUCUAAUAUGCCCGUUCCAAAAACAAUUGAGACCACUAGUAAUAAUCAGCUUGAAAUCUCCGAAAAGAAGGAUAGCAAACAAACACCAACACAUAGACCAAAACUAAGUAUUAAUGACAUUGAGGAUUCGGCAGAGAAAAAGCCUGUAAAUAAUGUGGUAAGAUAUUCUGAACUUAGCUAUAAUGCCCAUGAGAUUAUAAGACACAUUGCCGCAAUAGCACUUUAUGAAAUAUUUCCCAAUCAAGUGACCAUAGAAUACUGUACUACAUUGAUCGAUGUUCAUAAGGCGCCAUCCUUUUGGGGCAAGAUUUUUGGAGGGGGAGGAAACAGUAGUAGUAUCCAUUCAUCCUCCCCAAGUACAAGUUCGAAUGAUUUCAAAUCUGGCUCUGCCACCAUCUCUGGCUCUGGUAAAGGUGUUUUUGGUGUUCCUUUGGAUGCGGUUGUGAAAAAGUUUGGUACUGAUAGUGAUUUAGGAGUAGGUACGCGUAAAGUCAGGAUUCCUUUACUUGUUGAUGAAUUGAUAAACGUAAUGAGAAAACAGGAUGUCAGCACAGAAGGUGUUUUCAGAUUAAAUGGUAAUAUCAAAAGAUUAAGGCAGUUGGUUGAAGAAAUAGACUCACACCCUGAUCGCACUCCAAAACUCGAUGCUGAAACCCCGAUUCAGUUAGCAGCUUUACUAAAGAAAUAUUUAAGGGAUUUACCUGUUCCUUUGCUAACAUUUAAACUUUAUGAUUUAUUUUUGUUAUCUCAAAAAUUAGGUUCUGAUCCAGAUAGUUCAGAUGAUGAUGCAAUUGCUCGAAAGAGAGAGAGGGUUCUUAAACUGGCAUAUGCGAUGCUUCCAAAGCCAAAUCGUGAUUUGGCAGAAGUGUUGUUUGCCUUUUUAUCGUGGGUUGCUACAUUUGCUGAAAUAGGCGAUGAAGAUAAUGGGGGUGGCGGCUCCAAAAUGGACACACAUAAUUUGGCCACUGUUAUUACCCCCAACAUUCUGUACUCCAAUGAAUCAAUUCAUCGCUCGCAAAGUGAAGCGAUUAAUGAUGGAUUUAAACUAAUCAAUUCUGAAGGUGGUGAAAAUCAAUUUUUAGCCAUUGAGGUUAUCAACGACAUGAUCGAAAUGAAUGAAGAGUUAAGUAUUGUUCCUCAAGAUAUCGUUGAACUCUACAAGCUUGCAGGAUUUGAUAGAAAACUCGACGAAAAGGAUAAGAAGAAUUCCUUGAUAACAAAGGACAUACUAGCAAAGUUAAAACAAGUUAUUGAAACAAACCCCACAGUAUUAACGAAAUAG